AUGUGUCCAAAUAAUAGCGGAAACCCAAGGUCAACUCCACCGAACGCACCGCCAGCAGCGGCUGAGCUGCCACCAUAUUCCCCUCAACCGAUACCUAAUUUUGCUCCUACGGCUCCGGUCGUGAGCAAACCAAGCGAAUGGUCCACCAGCCUCUGUAGCUGCUGUGAAGAUAUCUCCAGCUGUAUCACUACCUGCUGCUGUCCUUGCAUCACAUUUGGCCAAAAUGCCGAGAUCAUAGACAGAGGAACCACAAGUUGUGUUGGAGCAGGCCUGGUCUACUAUUUGCUGGCUCACGCCUGCUGUUCGUGCUUGUACACAUGCACGUACCGAAAGAAAUUGAGAAGCCUCUUCGGGUUGAAAGAGGAGCCUUGUGCUGAUUUCUUCGUUCACUGUUGUUGCCACUUCUGCGCCAUUUGCCAAGAGUACAGGGAGCUUCAAAGUCAUGGCUUCGACCCUUCCGUAGGGUGGCUUGCCAAUGUUGACAGGUGGAACCGAGGUGGAGCCAUGGCGCCUCCGAACUUUGCCACAGGCAUGGCUCGUUAG